AAGUUCCUGUCUAGCAAGCUCAAGGCCCUGAAUUCAAUUCCCAGACCCUCCAAAAAAGAAAAAAAAAAAAGCAUUUUGAGCACAAAGCUUAAGCCUCCAGUAUCUGUGUUGGUUUCUAUGUACUGAACCCUCCUGAAGUAUGUUAGUCCUGUUUUCUCCAGAAAGGGAGACUUUGCUGUCUCUGGCCUCAGUGCAUUAUGUUAUGAAUAUGCUCUCCAAGAGCCACUGGAGUCACAACCAUAAGACAGGAAAGUAGAGAAUUGGCUCAGCAAGACAAAGUUCUGCAGAAGGGUGUCCCAUCAGCCAAAAAUCUGGCAAGCAAGCACACAGAACAGGCAGACUGCCCCUCUAUGAGUCCCUAAUGCAGCAGGCACCGCCCCUCUCUUCAGAUUGGCUGAGCUCAAGUUCCCAAUCUGCUCAUGAUUGGCUAGUUUGAAUAGGCUAAAAUAUGUUUACAUAAGGUGCCCUUGAAAUAACACUAACAAUAUACCCACACCCUCUGCUGUUUCUGCAAUAGUCUACAUCUCCAACAGAGAUGUGUCUUCAUUCCAUCUUGAAACCAUUUUAAGACAUAACCUUUGAUUUGAAAAACCCUUUCUUACCCCAAAGCAGUUCUUUUCCCUAACAAGAGCCAGGCCUCUAAGCCAAAGCUACACAUUUUGAUAAAAAAGAGAGUUUUUUUUUUUUUCCUCACAACUAUACUAAAGAAAUGGGUGGUGUCAAGAGGUGAGGCAGGCAAAGGUUUUACUUCAAACCCGUAUCAGAGUUCAAUCCUGAGUCUUUUUCUUGAUGUAUAUUGGCCAACAAUUGAGGCCUGUGGAGACCAGAAGGACUCUGUGGCUACAUCUGUGGGGAGCUUUGCUCCCAUUUCCCAUGGCUCUUGGCACCAUUAGCACUUGGUUUUUCUAGCUGCAGGGGUCGAAGCUGGAAGAAAGUGUUGAGGAUGGACUUCAUCCUGGACUUUCCACUGGUGGAAGUUACAGCAAACAUUCAUGGAGCCCCAGACUGCCUCAAACAUAGACAGAGCCCCUUAUGGGCUGCUGGUGUUGGCUGGAGGGAGGGAGGCUGUUGUGGAACUUCCUGUGUCACCACACUUCCAUCUUGGUAUCUGUGACCUUCAGAAGAAGACAAGGAGCAAAGCUUCCACCAUGGCUAUGGGGCUCUUCCGGGUGUGUUUGGUGGUGGUGACAGCCAUCAUCAACCACCCACUGCUCUUCCCCCGGGAGAAUGCCACUGUCCCCGAGAACGAAGAAGAGAUCAUCCGUAAGAUGCAGGAACACCAUGAGAAGCUCCAGCUAGAGCAGCUCCGCCUAGAGGAGGAGGUGGCCCAGUUGGCGGCCGAGAAGGAGGCCCUGGAGCAGAUGGUGGAGGAAGGCCAGCAGCCACCAGAGGCCCGCUCGGCCUGGGACCUCUGGAGCACUCUCUGUAUGAUUCUCUUCUUGAUCAUCGAGGUGUGGAGGCAGGACCACCAGGACGGGCCCUUGCCUGAGUGCCCGGGCAGCGAUGAGGACGAGCUCCCUGGCCCAGGCAGUACCCCACUGCGGGGUCUCACUUUGCCCAAUAAGGCCACACUGGGCCACUUUUACGAGCGGUGUAUUCGGGGCUCCACGGCCUACGUCGCCCGGACCCAGGAAUUUGUGGAAGGCUUUGUGGAUGACCUCCUGGAAGCCCUGAGGAGCCUCUGCAAUAGGGACACUGACAUGGAGCUGGAGGACUUCAUCGGCGUGGACAGCGUGUAUGAGAACUGGCAGGUGGACAGGCCCCUGCUAUGCCACCUGUUUGUGCCCUUCACACCUCCGGAGCCCUAUUGCUUCUAUCCAGAACUCUGGUGCUCCAACCGCUCCGUGCCCCUCGACCGCCGGGGUUAUGGGCAGAUCAAGGUGGGCCGGGCUGAUGGAGACCCUCUGGGCUGUAUCUGUGGCAAGACCAAGCUUGGAGAAGACAUGCUAUGUCUCCUCCACAGCAAGAACAGUGGGGCCCGGCCCGGUGGUGAGAUGGAAGACCUAUUGUGUGCCAAAGAGCGCCCCUACCUAGACACCAUGCAGGUCAUGAAGUGGUUCCAGAAAGCCCUCACCAAAGCCUGGCACCGCAUCGCCCACAAGUACGAGUUCGAUCUCGCCUUUGGUCAGCUCAACACCCCAGGGUCUCUGAAAAUCAAGUUCCGCUCAGGAAAGUUCAUGCUCUUCACCUUGACUCCUGUGAUCCAGUGUGACAACUCAGACUUGUACUUUGUGUCCAGCCUUCCCAGAGAGCCUCACAGUGGCAUGCCCGUCUCCAGCACCGAAUGGCUCCUGUCCUUCGCUGUCUACGAGCGACACUUCCUCCGGAUGACAGCCAAGGCGCUGCCCGAGGGAGCCUGCCACCUCAGCUGCUUGCAGAUCGCCUCCUUCCUGCUCUCCAAGCAGAGCCGCCUGACGGGCCCCAACGGGCUGGACAGCUACCAUCUGAAGACGGCACUGCUGCACCUUUUGCUCUCCCGGAGAGCCAACGACUGGAAGGCCUCGCAGCUUGAUGUGCGCCUGCACGACCUGCUCUGCUUCCUGGAGAAGAGCCUGCUGGAGAAGAGGCUCCAUCACUUCUUUCUGGGCAAUCGCAAGGUGCCCGAGGCCAUGGGACUCCCUGAGGCGGUGCGAAAAGCCGAGCCGCUCAACCUCUUCCGGCCCUUUGUCCUGCAGCGAAGUCUCUAUCGCGCCACGCUGGAAUCCUUCUAUGAGAUGCUCAAGAACGCCCCGGCGCUCAUCAGCGAGUAUUCCCUCCAUGCGCCCACCGACCAUGCCAGCCUGCCCCCUAAAGCUGCCAUCCCGUAGACCAUGCGGGGCCUGAAGGCCAGAAGGGAGAGCAUCCCACACAUAAGUGUGGCUGGGGUUCUGCAUCCCCGGCCGGGAUCACAGCAGCUUGGAAGGGAGCUGGAGCUCAGCCUGCCAGGAAGCCAGGUCCUACAGAGUAGAAGAAAUGAAUUCCAGCUGGACCCUCUGGCUUGCAUUCCUGCCAUCGAGGCCUGUUGGUAAAGCUGCUGCUUGGGUCUGGGGACAGAUCCUUUUGCAGCUUAUUUUUGGAUCGCCAUGCGUGACCAAGACGGUGGCACUGGACACUGAGUUGGAAAGAAUGAAAAUACUGAUUUCAGUGUAGUCUGUUUUGCAUCCCAGGUCCGAUGUAUGUUGUUUGUCCUAUCAACAGAGGAUUGUAGGAAUGCUUUCAGGGACCUACGUUAAGAUCCAGCACCCUAGUUUGAAGCACAGGUAACAACAGGAGUAAACAGUUCACAGCCUCUGACUCACACACUGCCAGACAGGGAGUCUUUUAUACUAUUAGACAGCAGAGCCAGUAGAGAUUCUAGGCCCCAGAUGGCUGGUGUCUCCUGUUCAACAGACAUAGGUACUUGGUGGUGUUCCUGGCCACACUUCUCACUCAGGUACACCAGCGAGCCAUGUUGCAGCACCGUGGUUGCCAUUCACCCAGAUAAAUGUCAGCUUAGCAGCCACUCACCCUGCCUUGUUCUCUCCACAGCUGAUCCCUUCCCUUUCUGUGGUGUGGGGAGGCAAACGCCAAUGGUGGAAGCCAAUCUAGAGAAAUUGACACACAGAGUGACUGGGGCAAAGGACAGAGCCUGGGUCCUGGGAUGCUGGGGUCUGGUUGCAGCCUGACUCAGUUGAGAGCCAGCCUUGUCCUUGAGCUGUCCUCGGGACCCAGUCCUGGGGCAGGGUGAGCUGCUGUGCCCCCACCCCCAGCCCUUUGCUCACUCACGGUGUUCACUGCACACUGCCCUCCCUUUCUUGGGGAGGCUUGAUGCUCUCCUAUGGAUGACCUGGGCCUAACGAGCUGGGUGCAGACUGGGACGACCAAGGGUUGGUUGGGUCCUGUGGAUGGAGCCCCAGGACUGAGAGGCCAUCUCUGCACUGCUGGAGCCUGUGGCCCCAGGCAGGCACCAGAGCCACUUCAGGCCAGCAUCAGAGGUUUGGGAGCCUCUUCUCCAUGUGGGUUUCACUGGGCCUUUGGGAUUUCCUCAGCAAAUCCUCUGCAUCCUUUGAUUUUGAUAGGGAGGUUUGUUCUGACCUGAAGGUGGGAAGCUCCCUGGGCGUGCUGGAGUUAAGUUAGACUGAGCAUGCGUGGUGAGCCCUUCCCAGUCUCCCUGCAAGCAGCAGCCAGGCCUCCAGGCUGCUCAUGGGUGGCACUCACGACGACCCUGAGCCACCCAUCCCAUGGGACCUGUUUCCAGAAUCAUGGCAAAUACCUUAUUUAUUGUCUGUACCUUUCCCCUUUGUCAACCGUCAACCAUAUCCUGUUGUGCUUUGAAAAGGAGAGACCAGCAAUCAAGAAGCAGUCUCCAGAAGCCAAGCCUCAAGCCUGGGUCUCCACCCCGUCCCCAUUGCUUCCGGGAGAAAGAAAGUUUUCUGGAAAAAUACAGAACUCAGUGGGAUCACAAGGGCCUGUGUGGACCCAAAACUGCUUCCGAAGCAGAAAGCGGCGGGGCUCUUGGUGUCUUGUGCUGCCUUAUUUAUACUAAAGGAAGAAUUAAAUUCUCAGAAGGAGUAGAAACAGGGCCCAGUGUUUGUUUUUAACUUCAGGAAACCUGUGGGGUUCCCGGGGCAAAGUUGGGGACAGAGAUAGAUUUCCUCUUGACAAACAGAAGCGUUCGCUCCCCUUUUAUUCUAACACUUUCAGGAGACUUGAAGAAAUAACAACAUGGACUAUAUCUGCCUUCGAGGCAGCUUCUGCACUGCCACCACAGAGUUCCAGAAAGGUCUUUUGAAAGCAGCUGUAGGGAGGAUUUCAACACAAAGCUGUUAUGUGUGAAGUCAGACAGACAUGGGAAAUAACAGGAAGCUUUUGGUGUUUGAAGAAACAGGCUGUCUUGGUGGUAGAGGAGCUGUAGAUGGAUGGGCCUUCCACUGAGACACUCCCAGUCCUCUUUCUCUCAAGAUUCUUCCUUCCCAAAGAGCAUCCCAGGACACUGUGUCUGUACCUCUUGAUAAAGAUAAACCAACUGUGAGCAGUCAGCAAUUAGUCAGCUUGGGGGAGGGGAAUCACACCCUCAAAGGGGGAAAAAAAAAAAACCCUCAACCCCUCUUUAUGCUACUGUCAUGGAAUAUCCAAGGCAGGCUGCUCAGGAAGGGAAGGUUUACUUAGCUCAUAGUAUGGGAGGGUCCAAAGUGAAGAUGGGAUAGUCCUGUUUAUUGGACCACAGGGUGAGGGCAGAAGACAGUGGGAAGAGCAAGCACCAAUAGCAGAGAGCCAAGUGUGUCCGUGCUGUGGCUUUCAGAAUAGUCAGCAAAAGCUAACCAGAGUCCCAGGAGAACUAACUUU